GCUGUCGGAGCUCACUAGCGACGAGGCUGUCGCUCUGUGUCUUGUGCGCCACCCUCGCGGGGCGAUGACCAAGAUCUUGCUCAUGCUCGCACUCGCGCUGGGCGCCGCCGGCCUGCGCUGGCCCGCUGCCGUUCCGCAGCGCCGCGCGACGUCGGGCCGCGCUGCCGGGGCGCGGCUCGAGCGCGCUGUUGGGCCUGUUGCAGUGGCGCCAGUGGAGGCGCCGAGCGUGUCCAGGUCGAGCGAGUCGGCGGUCGACGCGAUGCGCGGCGCGGCGGAGGCGCCUUCGCCCUUCAAAAAGCUCAUGGCCGCCAACCGCGCGGAGAUUGCGGUGCGGAUCAUGCGCGCUGCGACAGAGCUCAACGUCGCCACGGUGGCCAUCUACGGGUACGAGGACCGGUUCUCGCAGCACCGGUGGGGCGCGGACCAGUCCUUUCAGCUCGAGAAGAAGGAUCCCGCCGACGCCGCCGUCCGCGCCUACCUCGACAUUGAGCAGAUUGUGGCGCUCGCGAAGCGGGAGGGCGUCGACGCAAUUCAUCCCGGCUACGGCUUCCUCUCCGAGUCGCCCGAGUUUGCGCAGGCGUGCUCCGACGCGGGCAUCACCUUUGUCGGACCGACGGUCGCCAACCUGAAGACCUUCUCCGACAAGACCACCGCGCGGGUGGCUGCUAUCGCGGCGGACGUGCCGCCCGUGACAACCGAGGCGGGGGCGCGCGCCUUCGUGGAGGAGUACGGCCUGCCCGUCAUCAUCAAGGCGGCCAUGGGCGGUGGAGGAAAGGGGAUGCGGCUCGUGCGCGACAUGGAGGAGCUCGGCGCCUCCUUCGCCUCAGCGUCGACCGAGGCGGAGGCCGCCUUCGGGGACGGCUCCGUGACGCCGUCCUCCAAGGUCGUCGGCGACCUGGCGCAGCUCAUGGUCGCGCAGAAGUUGGAGCCCGACCAGCUGAUCGAGCAGGCCGAGUCGCUCGCCUUCCCCGACUCGGUCGUCUCCUACUUCCAGGGCGGGAUCGGCCUGCCGCCCGGCGGCUUCCCCGAGCCGCUCCGCUCAAAGGUGCUCAAGGGGCGGUCGCUCGAGGACGGGCGCGCCGCGUACGACGGCCGGCCGGGCGCGACGAUGAAGCCGUACGACUUUGACAAGGAGCUCGGCCUGCUGCAGGCCUCGUACCCGAGCAACAAGGGCGAGCGCGACGCGCUCUCGUACGCGCUCUACCCGCAGGUCUUCCGCGACUGGCAGGAGCACCGCGCCGUGUACGGCGAGGUGGAGGCGCUGCCGACCGAGGCCUUCCUCCACCCGAUGGCGGUCGGCGACGAGGUCGAGUUUGCCACCGAGCCGGGCCGCUCGUGGAUCGUCAAGCUGGUCUCGGUGCCCAAGCCCGACGAGAACGGCCAGACGCAGGUCAUCAUGGAGCUCAACGGCGAGCGCUGGUUCGUGCCCGUCACCGACAACUCGGUGCAGAGCGCGACGGCGCGCGAGAAGGCGGGCGGCUCGCCGGGCUCGGUCGGCUCGCCGAUGCCGGGCGUCGUCGUGGACGUCAAGGUCAAGCCGGGCGACACGAUCCGCGAGGGAGAGCCGCUCGUCGUGCUCUCGGCGAUGAAGAUGGAGACGGCGAUCCCGGCGCCCGCCUCCGGCGUCGUCGAGCGGCUGCUCGUCUCGGCGGGCGACAAGGUGGAGGGGGACGACCUGCUCGCACAGAUCGGGGAGGGUGCGCCCAAGGAGGAGGGCGGCAGCUCCGCCAAGGGCGGCCUCUUCUCGUCGCUUUUCAAGGGCAGCGGAGAGUAGGCGAGGAGGGUAGCAGCACACCGAGAGAGGAGGGGCCCCUUGAGGGGUCGCUGUUGCGACGUAUAUUCGCUGGACGCGCGGCGAGCGAGAGGGAGGCAAGGUGGCGGCGCCGCCGCGCGGGGCGCGACGGUCGCGCGCCGCGCGCAAGGAAAAGUAGAGGGCAGGUGAGAGAGUCGUUGCUGCUUGCAUGUAUGUUGAUUGUGUCCCACGAUGGGUUUUGGAGAAAAGGCUUAUAGGCCAGAACAAA